AUGAUUCAGAAUAUUAAGAAGACAGCUCUGCUCUCUGAGCAUGUUAAUCUGCUUAUCACUGAAGUGAAACCUGAGACAGCAGAUCAGAAAAUGCAGGAUUUUGAGAUGCAGAUUGAUCUGACUGAGAGAAAGCAGCAGAAACUCUUCUCUGAGAAGAUAGUGAAGAGAGAUUUUAAGAUGAUUAUCAUCUCAGAUGAGAAGAAGAAGAAGAAGAAGAAGAAUAAGAAUAGAAUUAUAAAGCAUGAUAAGAAGAAUGAGAAAGAGUAG